AUGUCGGCAUGGCACGAGGCGGGGCGGAGCGCUUUGCCACCGCCGCGGCCUGUCGCGCAGCAUGCCGACGAGAGCCAAGUCGCGCUCGAUGUGAGGCGCAGCUUUCAUGCUUGGGACGCCGCGCUCGUCGGUGAUGUGCACCUGCGGCAAGCGCAGCUCUCCGACCUGCUCUGCGGCACGCUGCGCGCCUAUCCGUAUCUGCACUAUUACCAGGGCCUGCACGAUAUCGUCGCUGUCAUCCUGCUGACAAUGUGCCCCACACCCACAUGGCCGAGCGAUGCCGUGCGCGAGCGCGUCCAAACGGUCGUGCACUACGUGUGCCUCAUGCUCGUGCGCGACGACAUGACGACCGACCUGUUGCCUGCUAUGGCCCAGAUGAAACUCGUGCUGCAUAUCGUGCGCGCGGCCGAUGCACCGUAUGCCUACGCGUUAGAACGCACGUUCGGAUCGAGCCACAUCGUCGUCGUCCUGCCCUGGCUCCUCACGCUCCUGACGCACGACGCGCCAUCGCUGGCGGUGGCACAGCACGUCGUCACCUUUGUGCUGGAGCAUGGGCCAGCCAGCAUGCUGUACGUGUGCGCCGCUCUCGUGCUCGCGCAAAAAGAGGGGGCGCUACAUGUGGUGGACGAUAUGCCGCUCCUUCACCAGCACCUGGCGCAGGCGCCGCGCACCCAGAUGACGAGCGGCGCGCAGCCGAUCCUCACAGCCGCCGCCUCGCUCAUGCAGACGUACUCGCUCGAGUGCCCGGUCGUGUGCGCUCACCGCGUCCUGAGCCGGGACAGCGUGCUGUUCACAUGGCCUCGCACCGAUGUGGAUGUGGCGCACAUCCUCUCGCUGCCCACGUCGCACCUCGUGCUCGAUGCCGCCCCGACGCCGCGCGAACACCCACGCGUGGCCGUUGCGCCGCGCUUGCGUCCUCUGCGCCGCGUGCUGCGCCUUUGGCGCGGGCCGCCGACGCUGUGGGUCUCGUCCCUCUCGCUCCUGCUGGGCGGCAGCGUCCUGAGCCUCCUGCUGGCCAUGCACGUGGCCUCCGCCCCCUACGCACGGACAUAG